AUGUCUCCUGCUCCACUAUACACGCCUAAAGAGGUCCCCCGGAUCAAAAAUGCAAAGCGCCUGACAGCCACCCGCACCAAGCAGCUGGUGCGCGCGGCCGAACGUGCCCAUGACGAUCCACCGCCGCCGCCGGGUCUGGGCGAGUGCUGCGGGAGCUCGUGCGAUCCUUGCGUAAACGAUCUUUGGAAAGAGGAGCUGGCAUGUUGGAGGGAGCGGUGGGGCGAGGGAGCCAUGGAGAAUAAGAAGGAGGAACAGAAGUCGCGCAUGCCAGGAAGUUUUGACUGGUGA